AACAGCCCACCGGCCACACACCUUGAUGGCUGGUGGUGAACUGUUGAUACAGACUCCAGAGGCAUUGUUGCCAGCAACAUAUCAGUAGAGGUCCUUUCUGUACAUCAAAGUUCUUGCCAUGGAUGUCUAUGCAGCAUGGAGCCAUUGGAUGCAAGGCAACACAGAUGAACAAUCGGAAGGUGACCAAAUCUUUAACGUCAACCUGCAAGAGACCUUCGAUAAGAUGAUGUUGUCGCAGAAGAAGGCUCAGGAGAAGAUUGCUUCCCUGGAAGAAGAGAAAGCCAAGUUCCAACAGGACAUAGAGACACUGCAGGAUCAGAGGGAGGAACAAAGGCAGGAGAAUCACAACCUAAAGCAGCAGGUUGACUUCUUUAAAGCUAAGAACCAGAAAGAGGAGGCAGCCCGAUACUCCAUGGGUCACAAGAGCAACGGGGUGGCCAUCAUCAUCAACAACAUCAACUUCAGGGCCAAGUUUACCAAGAGGGUGGGAGCAGAGCACGACACAAAAAAACUUGAGACAACAUUCCAGAUGCUGGGACUGAAGGUGAAGUUCCACACUGACCUGACUGUGUCUGAGAUGAUCCACGUACUGAAUGAGGAGGCCAGCCAAGACCACACCCACCACAACCUGUUCCUGUGCUGCAUCAUGUCACAUGGUCACCAGGGGAAGGUCUAUGGUACAGACGGCAUCGGGCUCGACAUCCUCGAGCUCACAAACCUCUUCAAGGGAGAUGAGUGCAAGAGUCUUCUGGGGAAGCCCAAGCUGUUUUUCGUUCAGGCAUGUCAGGGGGAUAAAAUUCAGGAUAAGCAAACUAAGGCUGAUGCCGUCCCAGGGGGGUCCCCCUCCGCAAUCGUGGCCUACAUGACGGCCGAGGCUGAUUUCUUCCUCAGCCUUGCCACUGUUCCUGGGUGCAAGGCUCUGAGAAAUGAGCUAACGGGGGCGUACUAUGUCACCAUCUUGUCCGACGUCCUGACAAAGGGCGGCAGUAGUCAGAGCCUGAUGAGUUUGAUGGUUGAGGUGAACGACAAAAUGAGUGAGAUGCAUGGCCAGUGUCCCUUCUGGUGUGGUACUCUGACCAAGAAGCUGUAUUUGGUUAAUAAGAAAGAUCAGCUAACCUGUAGCACAUGUAUGCUGGAGAUUGCACAACAGGAAGUUGACACCGGUUUGCCUCCAGAGUGGGAGGUCGUGACAAAUGAGUCCCUGGAAAUGGAGCUCUCCAGUAGUGGGGAGUACAGCAGGUAGAUUAACCUCAGCUUACAAAUCAAGGAUCUUCAACUCAAAAAUUACUUUGUAGCUCUUAAUGCCUAAGUAAAAACCUCUGUAAGCAUUCAAGUUCUUUCGCAAGUAAAAGAUAAGAGUUAUAAGAAAAGCUCAACUGUGUUUAGUAGUUAAACUUACGGAAUAAUAACUGAACUUUGUCUCAAUAUAUUAGACUACAUCGUUGUCCAUGUAACAAUUUUUCAUAGAUGAGAUCUAACUGGAGUGUAUUUUCAAUAUCAUUUAUCAAGUGAAGCCAGUAAGUAGAAAUAAGUAUCUGAGGUCUGCCAGUAAUGUAACAACUUUGGAUCUAUUCUUUUUGAUGUUAUGAUACUUUAUUUCCAACACAUUUUCAU